AGAUGCGUGUUUUAUGGAUUGUGUGUAUGUGGAAGAGUGGAUAGUUUCGUGUGGAGCAAGUAUACUUACGAGAUCAUAGCGCGUGGAAAUGGGACCGGCCUACUGGGCCUAGACGAUGCGGCGGGGCGGGGCGAUGCGGGAGGGCGACCGCGGGGCUCCCCGCUGCCCGCGCUGCCCACGCUGCCCGAGCUACCUGCGCCUGCCGUGGCGCCACAUGCGCCUGCACUGCCAGUACUGCACCUGUUAAAAGCGUUGAUAUUUCUUACUAUCAUCCUAGGCGCGUUAUUAGGCAAUGCCUUGGUUAUUGUCUCCGUUCAUCGACAUCGGAAACUGCGUGUACUUACCAACUACUAUGUGGUUAGCCUGGCGCUGGCUGAUAUGCUGGUGGCAUUAUGUGCGAUGACCUUCAACGCUAGUGCAGAGCUAAGUGGUUCCUGGCCCUUUGGUCCGCUAGUAUGCGACAUCUUCAAUUCCUUGGAUGUAUAUUUCUCAAGUGCUUCGAUCCUGCAUUUGUGCUGCAUUGCCGUUGAUCGGUACUUUGCCAUCGUACGUCCCCUUGACUAUCCGCGGACAAUGACGCCACGUACAGUUGCUUUAAUGCUGGCAAAUGUGUGGUUAUGGCCAGCACUUAUUAGUUUUGUACCAAUUUUUAUGGGUUGGUAUACCACUGAGCAGCAUCGUGCCUUCCGAAAGGCGCAUCCCGACCAAUGUACAUUCCGUGCAAAUACGGCCUAUGCACUUGUGUCGUCGAGCGUGUCUUUCUGGAUACCAAGUGUGGUGAUGAUAUCAAUGUACUGCCGCAUCUUUCGAGAAGCAGUCCGGCAACGGGCAGCCUUGGCGCGAACUUCUUCUAAUAUGCUUUUAAACUCUGUACAUCGACAGAGAGCGCAGUUGUCUCAGCGUCUUCGCCCUCCAGUGCCCAGUCCAUCUCCUAGUCCUGUUCCAAGUGCCCAUACCGAGUUACCGGAUUUAACUGACUUGCCUGACGCACCUGAGCCGUGCCCCAGUCCGGAAGCUAGUCCUCGGCGUUCAGAUGCAGGAAGCUCUGGAUACUGUUCAGGUGGAUCGCAUAAAGUGCCAAUACCAGUCCGAACGAGUUGUACUUCUGACAACAAGGAAUUUUCGAAGACUGCUACUGAACUUAAUUCACAAGGGGCGACGCUACGAGCGGCUGGAAAGGCGUGGCGAGCUGAACAUAAGGCUGCCCGAACACUCGGCAUCAUUGUCGGUGCGUUCUUACUUUGUUGGCUGCCGUUCUUUUUAUGGUACGUUAUAACAAACGUUUGUGGUGACCCCUGCGCAACGCCGGAUGCUGUAGUGGGCGCCCUCUUCUGGGUUGGCUACUUCAACUCAGCGUUAAACCCUCUCAUCUACGCCUACUUCAACCGGGACUUUCGUGAUGCUUUCAAGAACACCCUUCAAUGUGCCCUUCCGUGCUGUUUCCGGUGCUGGAAGGACUCACCGAAUACACACUACGUCUGAGAUUCAGAAUCAAAGCCUAAGAAUAUGUUUUAAUUAAGUUUUAACAGGCAAAGAAAAGCAUUCGUUAGUUUCAAGCGAUUUUAUUUCAAAUCAUUCAAAAUACGCGGCAUCAUCUUAUUCAAUGUGCUAUUGAAUAAACAUAAUUAUUUAAAUUUGUUGAUUAAGGUCACUGUAAAGAAAUUUAGAAAAAGCUUUUAUAAGCCUUUUCUGAUAAGGUAGAAAUAUGUUCGAAAUAAGGUAAACAUCAAUAUGAGAUUUUGCAGCUUUUGUCGUACGGAACUGACCUUCUAAUAAAUAAAUAAAUAAUAAAUACAUAUUACAAAAUCUCUACUUCUACACUGAAUACAUAUAGUUUUUUUUCAAAAACCAGGGUACACCAUCGGCAAUUAAAUGUCAUCAUAUAUAUUUUGACACCUAGAUAAUUCUGUUUUAAGUUAGCUUCUCUAAGUCAAUAUCUGUGAUUAUUAUUUAUUGUAUUAAGCAAUAUGUUGUCUUUAUUGUAAGAUAUUAGUGACAUUAAGUUGUUAUAUUUUAUUAGUUUAAUGAUAAAAUGUAAUGAUACUUAGGGAGUGUAGUUGUAAGUAAGAAAUCUUUAUAAAAACUACAUUGGAUAAAAUUAUUCUACCACCGGCUUUGCGUCUCCGGAAGUUUAUAUGCAGAAAAUAGGUAUAUUUUUUGUAAACUUCGCCAUUGCUUGAUGGAGGAAUAACAACCAAAUCUAUAAUGAUAUUUUUUUAACUUUUCAAUAAUAAAAUCUCUGCCCAUUAUUAUUUAUUUAAAGCAUUUAAAUUUUAAUAGGCAUAUAUGAUUGUGAUAACAAUCGCGAUUGAAAGGCCCAUCAAUACUUAAGGGAUAUUCAAAAUGCUCUUUUUAACUUUAUACAGCAACUUUUGCAGAAAAACUUUGAAGAUGAACAACAAAUUCAGUUCCAAAGUUUGAACAAAACUUGACCAAAGUUGAUUUAAGUGUGCACGGAAUUUAUUUUGACAGUUAAAGUUAGCUUUAACGAUGUCCAUGUAGCUUGCGACAUAUUUUUUUCGAAUAUUGUUAUCUUUACACUUGGACCUAGUCCUCUAUAAAUUUUUCUUAGCUGUAUAAAAUUUUUAUUUUAUUCAUAUCAAAAACACAUAUAACAUACCCAGUGUUAAAUUAUGAUAUAUCGGUCAUGUUAUGUUAUGACGGCGUAUCAUGUUAAUUUGGCAAAUUAAGGAGUUCGCAGGAUGUUAUAAUAGGUCGAACAUUAAUUAUUAUGUAGUUCAAUAUGUUCAACGUUGAGAAACAAAAGUCAAAUAUUUACGACAUUAGAUUUGUGUGUUUGCUGUUAUAAUUUAAAAAUUAAAACUUUUAUAAUUUGUACUAGGUAUGACCAAUCCCAAACACAUUAUAUCCUAUUUAGUAUUGCGUUGCUCAAAGUGCAAUAACUAGAAUUAACAAGUUCUAUAUUAAAGUAAAACCAAUAGAUAUUUUUCACAGCUUAAACACUUAUUAAACUGAGGAGAAAAUCACUGCAUCUGCACUCAUGUCACGGAAAAUUGCCUGUCACGUGAUUUACUCUCCAAUAUCACUUCAUAUCAUUCGAAUUACAGUUAAUAGAUGACUUUAAAACACGAAGCAUUCGCAAAAUCAUUAAAUAAUAUAGUCAUGAAGCUAGAACAUUAUUAACGUUAUAGUGAUAAAGUUUAGUACUUUUAGAAUCAAAUAGAGCCGUCAUACGUCGACAAUAGGUUGUAGUGCUACGGCGUAGUUUGCUACGUAAAGCUACGGUUCAAACCUAAGAUAAAGCUCGUUGUUAGUUCAAAACCGCCUAGUGUUUACAACGUAGAAUACUACGGAGCAGUUUGUACACUGUAGCGCCAUGUACUACGCGGCAAAAUACGAGUCAUUCGACUGUUUAAAGGAUUACAAUUCAAUAUUUACUGUGAUAGAAGUCAUUAGCGUUAGUAAUUUAUAGUGUCAGUACAUAUCUGACUUGGUAUAAACUUUCACCUGAUGAUGAGAUCUUUUUCAUCUGGUGUUAUCACGCCUCUAAUUCGGAUAAAGUUAUGGCAAUACUUGAUGUUACUUGAAUUUUUAAUAAUAAAUGUGGCCUGUAUAUAGAAAAAUCAUAUAGGCUGCAUAAAUGCAUAUUAAUGUUAAUUUUGGCUUUAUAUUAAGUAAAUUUGAUAACAUGCGUUUAAUAAUUUAGUAAUUUAAAGUGUAAAUAUUUACAAAAAGUAAAGGGGAAAACAAAUACGUAAACAUUGAUUUAUAAAUGAAAGUUUAUAGGAAUAAUAUGUGAUUAUAUUAUACUUGGCUCUUAUAAUAAGAAUUUAUAUUUUAUUUCUAUGGUAAUAUUAGUCACAUUUAUUACUUCUAAUAUAUUGUACGUCACGCUUCAUGAUCGUUAACGGUUGAAUCUUCGAAGCACCAAAAAUACAAUAUUACAAAUGUUUAAAACAUAGAUUUAUGCAAUUUUCUAAGAAAGCCGACUUUUUACUGGACCAGUUGGUUUUUCAUCAUAAGUAGUAUUAAAUAUAUUUCUGUUGUGCGGGAGCAGUAUACAAAAUACUUUAUCUAAUCAAAAUAUUUCAAGAGCCAAAGCGAUACGUUACAUCUUCAUCUUCUUUAAUUGGCAUGAAGGACAAGAAAUAAAUACCAAUUUUUAAAAAGCUGGCAACGCACUCGCAUUCUGGCGUUGAGAGUGUCCAUGGGCAGCGGUAUGACAACAUCAGAUUAAUCUUCUGCCUGUUUUUUUAUUGAAUAGGGGGCAAACAGGCAGAAAGUUUGUUUGUCUCCUGUGCUUAAAAAAGUUAGGUUCUACUCUAAAAAUGGAGUCAUUAUUAUAAUUAUAUGUUUUCUUAAAUUUUUCCUGAGGUGCGCUAUCGUAUUAGUAUUUUUAGCGCUAACUAAAUUUGUACGCUAACUUAUUUUAACGCUAUUCAGAUCACUCCCCUCGAACUCUAUUAUUCAUCGCUGCGUAUGCAAGUGCUCGCAUAUUCAUUAACAUUGCAGUGCGGCGUCAAGCCUUCUGUGAUAAACAGAAUACCCCAUCGCAUUUCAGUAAUUUGUAAAUAUUGUAAAAAUUAGGAGUAAAGAAGAGAGCAAUAAUAUAUAUCGUUGUUAAGCUUUAGCUGAAUGUGAUGUAUUAGAUUUACCCGAUAAGCAUUAGUGAUACGAAAGCAAUGGUUUUUAUCUCUGCGUAUUAAUGUGUAGAAUGUACAAAAUGUUAUAAUAUACUGUCGAUAUAU